AUGUCCUUGCUGUGGUUCUAUUUACGUCUCGAUCCCCGCAAAUACAUGCGUUGGGCCGUUUUCUCCGUCAUGUUCAUCAACGCAGGUUUAUCCCUUGCAAGCUUUAUCGGCGCACUGGCGGGCUGCAGCCCGCCAUCUUUGUUCUGGACUGAUCCAACUUCGAGCGGUUGUAUGUCCAUGGGAUCACAACAGCUCUUCUACGAGGUCAAUGGCAUCUUGAAUAUUGUAGCGGAUAUCUUAACAUAUCUACUGCCAGUUCCAAUGCUCUAUGGCCUACAAUUGACUUGGCGCAAAAAGGGAGCUAUACUGGGAAUCUUUGGACUGGGGAUUUUGUCCAUUGCUGGUGCGUUUUACACUCAAUUCAUCCAGACCGUUACUGAUAUAUUGCGAUUAGCGGCCUGCGUUCGCUAUGACUAUGUCACGAAACUAUCCUCAACCACAGAAGAAUAUUACCUUCUCUUGGCUGACUCCCUCAACUGGUGCACGAUUGAGGCUUACGUCGCCAUCUUCUGCGGCUGCGCACCCUCCCUCUCUGUCUUAAUAAAAGCCUACGCCCCGUCUGUAUUCGGUUCCAGCGCUUCCAAAUACCCAAGUAGCGCACAGUCGCCCGGAGCCAGCCAUCUGCAACGACGGAAUCCUCUAAAGAGCAAUCGGCGUCGGGGACUAGGUGAUAUAACGUUGGGUAGUCAGGAUGCCAUUGUUACUGCCAGCAAUCCCGACCACAAUCAGGACGGGAUUAUGAUGAAGACGGAUAUACAGAUGGAUGUGGCGACGCGGAAAUCGACGGAGGAUUUGACUUAUAAAAAGGAGUAUUAUAAUUUUUCCAGGCGGGUAUGA